AUGAAUGAACGAGCUGAUUCAACUCAAAAAGAAGAAAAACAUACAACAACUACUGCAGAUCAAGUAAAAAGUUUUCAUCAACUGAUUAUAGAUCGUCUUAAUGUGGAAUACGAUCAUUUCGUUGAAUUAUCAUCUGCAACAUUAAAACAAAUAAGCAUCACUGAAGAGGUUAUAGUCUUGCUUCAAAAUGGACAAUAUUGAACAGCCCAAGGCAAAGACAACGGUGCCAUGAACAGUAUUAAACGGUAAAAAAAACGGUAAAAUACGGCGAAAAACGGUUUCAAAACGUCGUCGUAAUCCGGUGAUCCAGAAAUGUAUGGAAAUAAGGCGCAAAACGACAGCCGGUUUCUAGUGAAAAAACGGCACGUAUUCUGGGUUGACGGAUUACGGUGAAAUACGACGAAAGAUAAGGCAGUAAAAUGCUGUUUUAUAGUCUUUGCAGGCUGUUUAAGACGCCGUUUCCGACAUCCGGAAUGGUAAACAUGCGACUUUGUAUUGUCGCUGGCCAUAGAACAUGUUCAGAUAACCAUAUUAUAUUAAAUUUUAAUUCUGCCAAAACAUUAACGAUGUUCAACAAAUAUUUGUUGCACCGUUCAAAGAUACGUUACCAAUAACAACCGUUGAUUUAUAUGAAGUUUAUUUAAUGCGAUAUUUUUCGUCAACUGAUAAAUCAAAAAUAUAUAAUGACAAUGUAUUUAUUGUACAUGUUGCUAUGGAAUUUAAAGUUACUGUGUUACAGUCAACAUCAUAUUCAUUUCUCACCCCUCGAUCAGAUAUCUUUUCUUCGAUAUCUUCUUUUUCUUUGUUUCUUUGAUAUAUCCCUUUCUUCUCGUUAUUCGUGUGAUAUAUUGUAUUCGCUCUUUGUGAUCGACACAUAUAUACCCGUCUUCAACUUUUUCUCCUUCUCUUCAUAUAUAGUUUUAUAUAUAUACACAUAUAUACAUUUUUUCUUUCUUCCGUUCAUUUUUUUUCCAUUUUUUUGUAUUGUUACUGUUAAACUUUUUCUCCUUGUAUUCUGUCAGAUAUGUGUGCGGACACACAUCUUUUUUCUGCAUGGGUCGACUGUUACAGUCAACACCAUAUUCAUUUCUCACCCCUCGAUCAGAUAUCUUUUAUUCGAUAUCUUCUUUUUCUUUGUUUCUUUGAUAUCUCCCUUUCUUCUCUUUAUUCGUGUGAUAUAUUGUAUUCGCUGUUUGUGAUCGACACAUAUAUAUACACGUCUUCUUUUUUUCUCUCUCUAGUUAGUCGUG